GUGCAGGCGGGGGGCCGGUUCGGCUGCACGUGUACCGACACAACGACAUGGAGCACCUGGAGUCGCUGCUGUCCGCCACCCCCCCUGGCGUGCGGCGGCUGGUGGUGAGCGACUCGCUGUUCUCCAUGGACGGGGACUUCGCGGACCUCAGGGGUCUGGUCGCGCUCAAGCGCCGCCACCCCUUCCUGCUGGCGCUGGACGAGGCGCACGCCAGUCUGGUGUGCGGUCCGACGGGGGGCGGGGCGGCGGAGGCGGCGGGGGUGGCGGACCAGGUGGACCUCCACAUCGGCACCCUGUCCAAGGCGUUCGGCUGCCAGGGCGGCUUCCUGGCCUGCUCCGCCGCCCUCAAGCAGCUGAUGCUCAACCGAGGCAGGCCCUUCGUCUACUCCACAGCGCUGCCGGUGCCGGUGGUGGAGGCGGCGGCGGCAGCGCUGAGGGUCAGCUACAGGGAGUCCUGGCGCCGCGCCCACGUGUGGUCCCUAGCCGCCCGGCUGGGCAGGGGCCUGGGCGUCCCCGCGCUGAGCCCCGUGGUGCCGCUGGUGGUGGGCGGACAGGAGGCGGCGCUGGGGCUCAGCGGGCGGCUGCUGGGGGAGGCGCGCAUGCACGUGCCCGCCAUACGACCGCCCACGGUGCCGCCGGGAACAUGCAGGUUGCGAGUAAGUCUGUCCGCUGCGCACAGCACUGCUGACGUGGACGAGCUCAUCUCUGUCGUACGGCAAUCCGGUGUACGGCUGAUGCGGCUGCCGCAUCUGUUGGACCCACGGGCCGGUCUGCCCGGCGGGGGCCCGGAUGGGGAGGGGAGCUUGGUGGCGAGAGGGGGGUUGCGGGCUGCAGCGGCAGGGAGAGGCGGGGAGGGGGAUGUGCGAUGUAGGUUGUGAUGGGUUUUGCACCGAUGUUGAUGCUGUUGUUGUAUGAUGAUGAUGAUGUGAUGAUGGCGCAAAAGGGGUGCGUUGGCCGAACACGAGGCGGGGUUUGGGUUUGCUUCGUCGGCCGGUAGCUGGCAGGUUCGUUGGUGGUGGAGGGUGUGAGAGCUCAGAGGUGGUGACUGGAAAUAUUUCGUGGCAUGGGCCCGGUUUCCCAGUAUGUGGCAGACUCAAUCUGGCUGUGACCCAUGGGUCGGGCCGAGAGAGCUCCGUCCUCGUCAGCGCCUCCCUACAUGCGCUAUUCGAGCACACCGGCAGCGGGGGGGCUGCACCUUGUACCGACCAGGCUUGGUAGGCCUGCAAGCCCCAGGUAGGGGAAACGUGUGCGCUCGCAUGCAUGCAUGCAUGGAGGGGCUGUUGCAAGGGAACUCCCCUGCCUCGGAGGAAUGAGCGAGGUUUGUUGCGCGGUACGGCGGCCGUACACCCGGCCAUGUAACGUAACGAGGGAUGGGUGGCGCUGUCGAUCUGGGAGAGUGCGGGCCGUGCUGUGCCUGCUGGGGACAGCGGGCGACAGCGGCGUACAGACGUCACAAGCGCACACCGAGCCACACAGGAAGGGGGUUGAAUGCAUGUAUGUUCGAGUAUGAGGCGCAAAGCACCGGUACGUGCGUGCCGGCUCGGCCACAUACUGUGCGUGGUGACCCUGAGCAACGGCUGGGACCAAAUGCUGGUGGGAUGCUUGCUUGCUCACAUGAGCGUGCGUCCACUUUGUUGCCAUCCACCAUCCAUGUUUUCUCCUAGGGAACCAUCCAUUGC